UAAUCCGGUUAUGAGAGCGCGCGCUCAUCACUCGCUAGCCCACAGCCAAACGCGUAGCUCGCCACCUGUGUACCGCGAAAAUUUAAAUUCAUUUUUUUUUUGUUCGAAUAAAAAAUUCAAAUUCAGAAUGUACAAGUCGCUGAUAGUUCUUUGUGUGGUUUACUGUGUUGUUAUUGAGGCCCGUCCAAAAUGGCAGUUCCUGCCGCCAGUGCCAGGCUACGUUCCAGUCUAUAUCAGGUCGGGCGACACGCCGCUCGAGGAGAUCAACCUGGACUUGGCCGAGGCCUUCCAUGAACUGCCUUCAGGCAGAAGUGCUAGCAAGCAAGUGGAAGCAUCCCCAGAAACUCCAGAACAAGCUGACCAGCCCCAACCUGAUGAUAUCCCAGCCCCCGCGGACGACAUCGUAGAUCGCCGCCCCUACGAGAAGAAACUGCUUGAAAAGAAAAAGAAAGCCAACUCCGACAUCCCCAAACCGAUCGAACGUAGAUAGAUAAAACGUACUUAAGUCCUAGUUAAGUUAAUUUUAAUUUUUACUCAAUCAAAUUUCGAAUACUCAGUUUCCUAAAAGCUUGCCAUUAGCUUUAUUUAUUUGAUGUUAUUUAUUAAUUCAAUGUGUAGCCGUUUGCCAUGUUGUAUUUAAAUACUCUCAAAGUUUACUGAAGUAAAUAAUUUAUUUUUA